GCCGCACCGAGUGAAAUAUUACCGUGUUACGCGAUUAUGUUGUGGGAACCACGUCCAGCGCGUGUGCAGUGUACGUCGAUGUAAGAGCGAAUGCUUUCGACGGAUUAAUAUUGUGAAAACAUUAAAUAAUAUUGUCUGUCGUUAGUUAGCGUUAGUGUGUGAAUAUGGCUGAAAAUAUUGCGUUCAGUGACUGGUCGGAAAAGCUUGACACUGCUGGAACUAAUCAUUGGCUUCCUGCGUAUGGGCUCCAGCAACCGCCAGUGGCGAUAGUUGGCAAUGGCCACCAACAAAACGAUCCCACAUUCGAUUCUGGCCCUCAUGACCACACUGACUAUUUCGACGACAACAAUGAAGACGAAAUUUGUGAUAACGGUGAAGAAGAUAACUGGUCAUCGUUCAACCAAAGUAGUUAUGGUGGAAACAUCGUAAGCAGCACGUCUUAUAUUUUUCUAGAAACAAUUCUCGAAGAAACUUCUGACGAUUUGCGGACGGAUUCAGAAAGAAGUAGUGAAGAAGAUUUCAUAAAGGAAGAAAACUGGUCUGUGAUAAAUCGUGGCGAUCCGUUUAACUUGUUCAACUCGAGCAAUAAUAAUAAACAAAUGCCUGUCAGGAUGCUUUAUGAUAACAACGAUCCUGGUGUGCAUGACGACGACGACGACAACGACACUGUGUUGUUCUACAGGGACAAUCUGCAGGAUCAUCAUUUGUGGACGAAUGGUGCAAGCGGGGGGCCACUGACCAACGGUUGCGGGGGCGGUAGCCUAUUGCAGUUCGAGAGCCUAGAGAAACAAUGCGAACAAACCGUGUUCCGGACGACCGCCACUGCGACACCGUUCAUGACCAACAGCGCCGAGUCCCUAAACACUGCCCAACGUUCGACAGGCGUGUCACGCCGGCAAAACUGGAAACAUCAACCGACGUUAGACGACGACUGCGGUACCUCCACGGCCGCCGCCAUGGAUGACGACGAAACCGUGUUGUGCAGCACGCCGUUUUCAAGUUACGCUGGCGACGGAUCUAGCAUCAAGUCGCUAAGCAAGAGCAUGGAGAGCGUACACUCGACCGCCAGUCGGAAACGAUGCAACAACAACUGCAGGGACGGCGUCAAUGACGUGUCGCAGAGUCUUGAUGAGUUGCGUAUGUGCGGUAGGGACGACGGGCAAUACGACUCGGUGGUGGCAGCUGCCGGAGCGACGUGCGCUGCGUCGCAACCUGCCACCGGCAUGUACAAAACAGUCGAUUGUCUCAUCGACCCAGCGUAUUGCGGGAAAAUGGACGACGAUGACGACGAAGACGAAACGGAUGGUAAAAAAAAGGAAGACGUCAUACAGGGCGUAGGAUGUAAGCAGCAACGAUCGUCCGAGAACUUGAGCGAAGAUAGUGGUUUCGGGGAUCAGGUGCCCCGCGGUCCUGCUGCACAACAAACGUACAAACCCAUUGCUGAGGACGAAAACUAUUUUGAGAUGUCGACGAAGAGUAUCGCGACGAUCGUCGCCGCCGCCGCCGUUUCUGCCACGGCCGCACAGUGCUCAGUAGCCGCCAAGAGGAAGGGGACAAACGACGACGACGACGACGACGCCGACGAUGCCGACGAUGAGAUGAAAUCUAAAUUUAGCGCAGCCUGGCACAGCUAUCCCGAUCUGGGCGAUCGGCCGUCAGUGACUACGGAAUCUCCUACGACCGACGACGACGAAAACCGCCGGAAUCACCACCACCAUCAUCACCACCGCGACGGUACCGCGAUGGCGUCACGUAUGCCAAUGUCAAGCACACCCAACCUGUGCGCCGACGGUUUGCUGGCGCACACUGACGGUGACUAUUUGCGCUCCAAAAAGCUGCUAGACUCCACCGUGUCAUUGGACAGAUCUCACUCGCUGAAGCGCAUACAUUACGAGAGCGAGUCGGCUCUGAGCGCGGCCUCUUCGCGUGGUAGCAAUCUACUGAUAACUACCAGUUUCGUGAAUCUGGCCGCCGUGCCGACGCCCAACAAGGGCGUGCACUUUUGUCCGGUUGUGUCGGAAGUGAAUUGGCGCGAGAGCUUCAGUAGCAGUAGCUGCACCGACGUCGGUGGUGGCGGCGGUGCGGGCGAAGACGACAACGGGUCGGACGAACCACCGGAAACGGAAGACGACGAAGACUAUGACCGGAUCAGUGACGAAGUCGACGAAAACAUUGACACGAUGGUAAUGAAACUGUUGACCGGUUUACCGUCGGAAACCAGGCGUCCGAGUGUGGCGGAAAAACAACAGCUGCGCGAACGGCUGGACUUCAUUACGGGCGGCUCCCCACCAAUGUCACAUAGGAUAGUCGCCGCGCCCACUAAUAACACCGCGGCCACCGGUUCCAACAGCCACGGUCGCAGUGUUCAACCGCGACCGACCGAAGUUGACGCGCCCGCUGUGGUCGUCAUGUCCGCUAAAUCGAAAACGAUCGGCGACAAGCUCGGUGGAUUUUUUCAGCGGUUCUCUUUGCGCAGGCUGAGCGGCCGGCGAAAUAAGGACAAGAAGAAACAAAAAGCGGAGGAAUGCAACGCGACGGCGGCGGUGUCUGCACAGUCGAGUAAUAAUAAUUGCAGGCCCGAUACACCGCCGCCCCCGCCGCCCGUCGCGGGACGACAGUCUAGUGCGACCGCUGCCGCCACCUCCGAUAGGGGUAAAAAACCGCCGUUACCCCCGCAACCCCCGUCAGCAGAUGGGUAUGUUACGCGCCGGCGCCUCGUGUAUGACGAAAAUCGCGGUAGCCGACUGCCGCCACCGCCGGCACUGCCAACGGCUGGCAGUCGUGCGUCUCUGCAAUCGCGGUCGCCCGCCGCCGUUGCCAUGUCCCGUCCGGAUCACCGGGCCGGUCUACUCGAGACCGACUUGGAUUCGAACGUGACCAGGACAUCGUCGUCAUCGCUCAUGAUGGGCGGCGGUGGUUGUAGCCCCAACAAAAAGGCCCGUAGUCUGCUCGACUUGGGCGCUUCGUCGGCAAAAUUGUCACUGGCCCCCAAUGACUCGAACAGAUCUUCCGCCGACGGGUCGUCCUCAAACACAACCGAUUACAGGGCUAAAUCCAUGGAAUUUCUGUUGGAUAAGGAAAAUCAAGCUGCCGUUCAGGCUCCAGAAAAUGAACUUCGUAAAGUAAAUGUUAACAGUGGAGAACGGAUACUUUCUGAACAUGAGUUACGCAUACAGCGUUCUUUGCAAAGACUCAAUCUUCCUGAAUGGUACAAAACAUGCAAUGUACCGGCUCAAGGAUUUAUUUUGAAAAGACAUAGUGAUGCUGGUUAUACAACCAGUAUGUCUAGUCUAUCAUCAAACCAAUCACAGUCACCAAAAAUGUAUUCUAAUUACAAUAAUACACUGCUUAGCCCCCAAACGCAUGCUGCAACUAAGAAUUUCUCACGUUGGAGUACUAGCCGUUUGAAUGGAUCAAAUUCAAAUAGUACAUCUCCUUGUAGUUCAACACGGUCUUCAUUUAACUAUCGUCAACCAUAUUUGGGUUGGAGAUCUCAGGAAAAAUUGUCCAAACCUAGAACCCCAGCCGAACGACUUGCUGCUGGAUUACUUGCUCAACAACAACACGAACCGACAUGUCAAACAAGCUUAUCUGAAGUACAGUCAUCAAUUAAAGAAGUAACAUCAGCUAUAGCCAACUAUGUAUCGUCGUCAACGCCAGAUGGAAGUAAAGAAAGGCUGAAUACUGAUCAGGAUACCCCAUCUAGAUGUCCAUCAUUUAAAGGUAGCACAGGUCGCUUAUGUUGGUUGGAAAGUUCAUUUGUGGGAAACAAACGACCUAGUUUAACGAGAGACACACCACCAUCAGAAUUAACCACACCACCAUCACAUCGAAAAGCUACACCUGUCAGACAAAUUCAAAAUAAUGGCAGUUGGGUCAAUGAUCGGCCCAGUCCCGGUUCGACGACUAUGGACGACGUCCUAAACUCAUUGUUAGGGUUGCAGCUUCAAGGGACGACCUCUAAUAACGCUAGGUAUCAUCAACACCGUCGCGGCAGCGAUGUCAACGAAAGCAGCGGUAGAGACCUUAGACGAAGGCCCUACGCUGCUUCAGUUUCAGGUAACGCGUCGGUGGCUGUGGCACAAUCAGCAUCGACACCUCCAAAAAAACAACACCAAGCGGCGGGUCCCCAUCUGCCGGGCGUCUCUGCGGGAGCGAUCCGUUGCCGGUACUCGGAGUGUCAGCUGACGGCCACCGUUACCGAGGCCCGGCGCACGUUCAAGAUGUGCCACAACUGCAAUCACAUGUACUGCUCGAGGCGCUGCCGGCGCGCGCACUGGCAGAACCACCGGAAAACGUGCUUGAACCGGCGCACGGCCUCGCUGUGCCCAUCCAUCGUGGACGCGAUCAGGGCGAACGACCGGUGCGCCGAGCGGCUGUCGACUAUCGCGCGGCGCGGUUAUCUGACGCACGGCCGCGGGGCCGUCAAGUGCUAUUUCUCGGGCGUCGAGCUGGCCGACAAGUUCGUGCGGGGCGGUGGCGACGACAUGCAGUGCGAACCGGUGUACGCCAAGUGGACGGACAUCGACCCGGACCUGGACGCGCUCGGGCAGCUCUGCAAGACGUACAACCCGGACACGCGGUACGUGCUGCACGUGUCUGUGUGCGUGUUGAGCGAGGUGCCCGGCCCGGGACCGGUUCAGUGGGAGCGGCACGUGGUGUACAAGUGUGCCAAGAUGCACCUGGACAAGAGUCUGCGCGCCGCCGUUGCUCAUCCGCCGCCACCGUCGGCCUCCGCCGAAGCCUCCGGACCGGCGGCGGACGACGGUGCGGCCGGUGCCCCGGACACACUGAUACUGACCUCGUUGCCGGGAUGCGACCGACGGGACGUGCGCACCGCCCGCCGCGUGUGCUUCGUCAACGUGCAGCGGCACCUCCGGCAGAGGGGUGUCGAGCUCCGUCACCAGUUCCCAGACGUGCACCAAAAGCUGUGCGAGUACGUGGACGGCGGCCCGGACGUCACGUUCACGCCGGUCACGGUGUACCCGCGGGACAGGGCGUCCGGCAAGACGUUCAUGUGCAUCAUCAUGCCGGACACGGAGCCCGAGAAGCUGAGCCUGUUGCCCGGGGACAGCGCCAGGGUGCAGACCAUCGACAUCGGUCGAGAAUCCGCCGCCGCCACCGAUAGCCGCAGUCAGUAAACUCCGUUCUAUCUACCCGUGGGCGUGUCUCUGCGCGUUGCAUUUCCUUCCUCGUACCUGCAGUGUGCCUAUAUUUACGGCCCGCAGUGCACGUGAUUUGGAAUGCUUCGAAUGUUUAGUAUACCGGCAAGGCCUCGUAUAAUAAUAUUAUAAUAUGAUAUUAUUACUCGUAUGUUGAACUUUUAAAAUAUUUACACGAAUUAAAUUGCAGCAAAUUUUACGUGCGCAGACCCGUCUCCUGCAAUUGCUAGGAAACUCGAAGACAAAAUGUUUUAUUCCGACUUUAUAGAGUAUAAACACUACGAACUUUAUACAAUCGUUUGUAGCUCUCCCGCAAUAUGGCAGAAAUUUACAUUUUGCUGCAGUAAUCGUAGAUUUUAAAUAAAAAUAAAUUAUGAAGUUUAAAGGGGAAUAUUGUACCUAGUUAUACCUAAACCUAUAGUUAUUGAUGGGCUCGAACGCGGCGUUGAGACACUACGUAUUGCCUUAGUGUAUACAUUGACGAGUUACUAGGUUACCUAUAAUAUAAAUUUUGCAU